CCUCAACCUUCUCCCAUUCUGCGCUCUAGUCACCACCGAUUUGCCGUCUCGGCAACCCCUCGAGCUCUGAAGGACAAUCUUUGACUAUUGUACUUCUCUCAACUACUUUGAUACAACCCAGGAACCAUGUACCGCCAGUCGUUCGCUCCACCCCCAGCGCAGUCCCCUCCCCUUCACCAUCCUGUGCCUCAGCAUGUCUCGACCGUCCCCAUGAUGCGCUCGCCGCCGCCUCCGGCAUCACAACAGCCUCAGACUUCUGGCUAUGGCAACCCAUACCAGCCCGCCCCUGCGCAGGGUGGCAGCGGAACCUAUGCUCCUGGCUUCGGGGGGUUCAUCAAUGAUCCCACCGCGCAGAUGGGAUUCCAGGUCGGAAAGACCGCCAUGGCAGCUGGACAGGAAUAUAUGGAGCAGAACUUCAAUCGCUAUGUCUCUAUACCAGCUCUAAAGCACUAUUUCAACGUCUCGAAUUCUUACGUCCUGAACAAAUUGUCCCUCGUUCUCUUCCCUUGGCGGCACAAACCCUGGUCCCGUCAACAGGCGCGUCUUACAACAGCUUCAACUGGUCCCAAUGGCCAGAUAUCCCAGCAGCAAUACUCUUCCAUGUUCCUCCCUCCGCGCGAUGAUCUCAACUCUCCAGACAUGUAUAUCCCCGUCAUGGCACUUGUCACAUACAUCCUUCUCUCAGCGAUGUUGGCCGGAUUCCGCGGUAACUUCCAUCCGGAGCUGCUUGGUUCAAUUACUACUACUGCUAUCGCUGUCAUACUGUUCGAGAUAAUGUGCUUGAAGCUGGCUAUGUACAUCCUCAGCAUUAACAACGAGUCACAGCUGCUGGAUUUGGUAGCAUAUUCGGGAUACAAGUUUGUCGGCAUCAUCGUCACUUUGUUGACAUCUGAGAUCCUCACUCCGGGCCGAGGAACCGGCGGCUGGGUUGGCUGGGUCGUCUUCAUUUACACCUUCCUUGCUAAUGCCUUCUUUCUGCUCCGUUCUCUGAAAUACGUUCUGCUCCCGGACUCCACAAGUGAUGCAUCCAUGCGCACUGGUUCUAUGCACACGGUUGCUCGCUCGCAGCGUAACCGUCGCACCCAGUUCCUGUUCAUCUACUCGUACGUUAUCCAGUUCGUGUUCAUGUGGGUUUUGAGUCGGGAGGGGCCGAUGUCUAUGGCUUCUAGUGGUGGAGCAACUGGUUCAGCAUAGGGUCAUGUCGGUACCGGGUUGCACAUAAUGAUAUAGACGGACCUCAUGAAAGGGAAUAGGGAUAUUAGUUCAUAUUCAUGUACGCUUUGUGG